AGGGGGAGGAGAGGGAGGCCUUUCUCCUCCCUUGUGGCUGCGGAGGAGGAGACCUCUCUUUCCCUGUGGCCAAAGCAUCCUUCUUCCCCCGUGUCUGGGGAGGAGGAGGCCUUUCCCCUCCCUUGUGGCUGAGGAGGAGGAGGCAUCUCUCUUCCCCCGUGGCUGAGGAGGAGGAGGAGGAGACCUCCCUUUCCCUGUGGCCGAAGCAUCGCUCUUUCCCCGUGGCUGAGGAGGAAGAGGAAGCGGCCUUUCUCCUCUCUUGUGGCAGAGGAGGAGGAGGAGGAGGCAUCUCUCUUCCCCCGUGGCGGAGAAGGAGGAGGAGAUCUCCCUUUCCCAGUGGCUGAGGAGGAGACCUCCCUUUCCCUGUGGCCGAAGCAUCUCUCCUCUCCCGUGGCUGAGGAGGAGGUGGCCUUUGCCCCUCCCUCCCCCUGUGUCAGAAGAGGAGGAGGAGGCGAAGGUAUCAUCUCCCUUUCCCCGUGUCCAAUGCGGAGGCCAUCUCUCCUCCCCCGGGGCUGAGGCAGAGGUGUCCUCCCUCCCCCGGUGUCUGCGGAGCAGGAGGCAUCAUCUGCCUUUGGCGGAGGCCAUCUCUGGUCCUCCCCUCGGCCGGUGUGUGAGGACAAGGGGCUCCCCGGCCCCGCGGCGGAGGGAGGAGCGGCCCGAGGGACGGCUUUAAAGGCUGGAGGCGGUGCACAGCGGCUGCGUCAACGGCGAGUGGUGGGGACCGGCCGAUCGACCGACCGACCGACCGAGCGAGCCGGCUUGGGGCGCCCCUCGGGCCUCUCCGCCGCGGGGGAGGACGGCAGGGAAGGAGCCGAAAGCCCCGCCGUGCCGCCUCCAUUCAUCCCCGCCGGCUCCGCCUCCCUCCUGCGGCUCGGAGGGGCCCGGCCGAGGGAUGGCAUUCCCUGUGGACCUGUUGGAUAAUUGCAGUCAUGAAGAACUGGAAAGUUCUGCUGAAGACUACUUGUCAGAUCUCCGGUGUCGUGACCCACACAAUCCAGAGUGCUUGUCUCUUCUCAACAUUUCCAUUCCUAUUAGCCUAUCAACUGUAGGCUUCGUACCUCUCUAUGGUGGAGACCAGACUCACAAAAUUCUUGCUCUUUUUGCCCCAGAGGAUUCACUCACAGCUGUAGCCCUGUACCUUGCAGAUCAGUGGUGGGCUAUUGAUGACAUUAUAAGAACAUCGGUAACCUCCAGAGAGGGGCUUCAGCAGGUGAACAGUCUUGGCGAGAGAGUGGUUCUAUAUGUUCUGAAUCGAAUUAUUUAUAGAAAACAGGAAAUGGACAGAAAUGAGAUCCCCUUCCUGUGCCAUAACAGUACCGAUUUUGCCAAGAUUCUGUGGAAGAAAGGAGAGGCUGUAGGAUUUUAUUCUGUUAAACCUACAGGAAGCAAAUGUACCUCAUUCCUGACACAAAGCUACCAGCUACCAGUGCUUGAUACAAUGUUUGUGAGAAAGAAGCAUCGUGGAAGAGAUUUGGGGCUCCUGAUGUUGGAGGAUUUUGUGGAUUCCUUUACCGACGAUAUGCUUGGCUUACGAUAUCCACUGUCAUCUUUUAUGUGCACUGCUUGUAAACAAUACUUUGAAAAGUACCCAGGAGAUUAUGACCUUCUUUGGGAAAUUGAAGGGGCUGGGCACUGGUACCAGAGAACUUCAAUCACUAAUGCAUUACAGAGGGAAACACUCAAAAUUACAGAGGCUUCUCAAAACGAGACUAAUGAAGAAUGUGUCACUGCAGCUACCCCGGCAUAUGAACUAGGAAGUGGGGAUAACCAGCCUAGUGAAAUGCAGCUAACUGUUGAUUAUCUGAAAGGCAAAGAUGCCUUGCUUGCCCAUGCAAGCACUUCUAGAGUGUCGGAUGUAACACCCGUUUCCACACGUACGCGAAGCAGUCACUUAAAGCGACCCAAGAUAGGAAAGAAGUUUCAGGAUUCAGAACCUAGUACUCCCCAAGAUGAGGAUGAGAAUGUGCCCCAGACUUCAUCUGCAGCUUCAGUGAGCAGAUUGGAGUCCAACACAUAUACGUCUGAAAGCUCAGAAGAAGUAAUUGAAGAACCUGAAGAAAAUGUGAUCGAAUUUGAGGAAGAAACUGAUGAUAGAGAACAGUCAGAUUUGGAGACACAAGGAUUGUGUACAUCACUCCCUGAAAAGCAGGAUGACAAAGGGGAAUCAGAAUUAGAGCCUGUGAAUGGUGAGCUCACAGAAGACACCAUUAAAAGUACAUUAGUGACUGAAGAGGAAGCUGCUGGCGAUGUCCUGGAUGAAGAAACAAAAUUGCAGCCUGAUCACCCAAAUGAAGAAUCUGUAACACUGCUUGUUCCAAUAAUCGUUGAAUCUUCAAAAUCUCCUGAGGAUCUUGCACAAGACAAAGGCGUACGCGUGCCUGAUGCAGAAAUGCUAGUGGAAGAAAACAUAGUUGAUGAAAAGGAGAGCCCUGAAGAGAAAUUUUCAGUGGCCCCAAGAAAGAAAGCACCUUCUGAGGGUGCAGAUGUGACUGCUGCUCUCCCAAAUGAAGAACCAUCUGACAAUGGCCUCUCAAACUCUGUGGUCACUGAAGCAUCAGAGGAAUCUAUUUCUGAGAAUCUGUCACCAAACACAACUUCCUCACUGGAAGAUCAAGGUGAGGAGGUGGUCCCUGACCCCCAUGAGGCCCCCGCUGUCCUUUCUCAGAGUUCUCUGAUAGUGGUUGAACUUGAAGAUGUGCCAUUCCAGCAGAAUACCGGACAAAAGAACCAGCUAGAAGAGCAGUCGGAAGCAUCUUCUGAGCAGCUAGAGCAUUUCACGCAGGCAGCGGAGAAAGCUGCAGACAGCAGCUCGGAAGAAAUAGAGGUCGAAGUGCCAGUGGUAGAUAGGCGGAAUUUACGAAGAAAGGCCAAAGGGUACAAAGGACCAGCGAAGAAAAAAGCUAAGCUAGCUUAAAGGGUGGAAAAUUGGAGGUAUUAUAUUCUCCUCUUUGUAACAAAGCUAUUGUAGUUUUUUUAAAAAAUAUGGUAAUUAAUAAACAGUAUGGGGCACAGGAUACAGAUGUUUUCCAACAUUUCAGAUUGGAUUUAUGGUGCAUUUUUUUUCCUCUUUAGAAGACAGGAUUCACUAGGCUUUCUCUUAAUUUUUCUGGCUAUUUUGCCCACUCUGUGUACUACUUUAUUUUCUUUUUUAUUUAUAUAGCUUCACUCCAGAUCAAAUUUUACAUUUUCUUGAGCAGGUGGAGGUAAAUGGCCAUUGCCUUUUAAGAAUUAGUUUAAAAGCAGCUAUCAAAGCAACGGAAUUUCCAGUUGAUUAAAAUAUCAUAAAAAUUAGUCAUUGAAUGCCAAGCAAAGGUGUUGCUGGAUCGUAUUAUUUUAGUAGAGUUAGGUAGCAAACCUUUUAUUAAAAUUUAAGCAUGACUAAAUCCAGGAAGUACAAAGUGUCGUUAAAUUAAAGAAAAUGGCAUUAUUUGAAGGAAGCAUGAAGUCAAAGGUAUAUAAAUGGUGUUGUUUUGGACUAUGUAAUUGUAGUUAGCUUCAUUCUGUGGGUGCACAUAUAUAUAGCUAAUUCACUUUUGUUUACUGUAUUCUGGAACAUCAUCUGGUGUUAGAUAAUAAUGACAGGACUUUAACCCUGAAUUCUGCAUUAGUGGUGAAUAUUUACAUAAUUUAUUAAUUCCAUGUUUUAGUACUAGCAUAUACUCUUAUGAGGCUAAGUUUUUUAUUCAUCCAUAUAAGUCUAGCUGAGUAAAAAGUUUUUUGACGGUUCAGUUGCUGGCAUCAUUUGCAGACCUAGCUGGAGCCCAGGCCCAGGUGAUUGUUAGGUCAAGGCAUAAUCUAGCUAAUCCUAUUUCUGGGAUCAAAUGGCAACUUUCAAGUCCUAGCAGUGGACUGCUGGGUCCCCCGUGCGGUGUCCCUACCAUCCAACUGGGGAGCCAGGAAAGGGCAGUUAAAGAAGAGAGCUGGGGAGGCCCAGGAUGACCACACUGACUUCUGAAGUGAGUCCCAAAUUGGGAGCAGUUGUAAAGUGGCAGUGGAAACUCUGGGCAACUUGGUGUGGGCAUGGGUGCCUCAGCUAUGUGGCCAGGGGUUGUCUUGCCUUGACUUGCCCAUUCUUGGACAUACAGGCUGGGAGUUAUCAGUCCCUUGCUAGAAGUGGACUAAUCUGGCAGUUCUUUGGUGCCAUCUACAAAUCCUGUUGUCCCUUGUACUUACAUCCUUGAAUGUGUACUUUUGGUUUCAAAUCAGUUGGUUGUUCUGACACAAUAGACACCCAGAUUAGUAGACUGCUGCUGUGUGAAUAUUAAAUAGCAGUUUGCUCCAUGUGAAGAAAUCUGAAGGUCACGAUUUUACCUCAUCACUGUAGGUGCUAUGGACUGAUGCUAAAGCUUUAGAUGGUUUAUAAUUAAUUUAGAGUUGCCUUCAGGUUAAUAUAUUGGGAGUUAAUAGAUUACCCAGAUAAGCAUCCAAUAUUGAUAGUUGGCAGUCGAUGCAGCAGGCAAACCAUUGCGCCCUUUCCCUUCUGUUCCCAGCUUCAUUGUCAGAGUUGAGCCAAAUCAUUUGGGCUCUAAUGAAAAUGCAUAACAAUAUUUUAAUAAUGGCCAUUUAUUUCUAUUUGUUAAGCAUACUGGGCAGAGAUCUAGAACAAUCAGGACUGAUGCUGAUGUAUUGCUAGGAAGUAAAAAAGCUUUAGGUAUUGUUUCACAUUUUGUGAGGUAGAGCAAUAUAUUGCUUCAUAAUAUAUUUGAUAUUGACUUUAGGCUCAACUACAAAAACGUUCACUUGAGUUGCUUAAUCUUCCUUUAUAUUUGCUUUGAAAUAUAUUUUAAAACCUGCUGUGAUUUUUAUGGCUGUACAGUUUUUAAAUAUUUACAUAUUUUCAUAUUUAACUCAAAUCAUGCCCUGUUCCUUUAUUUUGAUUUGCUUGAAAAGGGUGUGGAUUAUUCCUAGGGGCAGCUCAUCCUACAUUUACCCUGGAGUUAGUGUGCCUAGUUAUUGAGUUUCCAACCCAGACCUUUUUAGGGAAAGCUGCACUAAUUUUGAAUUGUUCUUAUCCAUGUACAGUUGUCCAUAUAUGGUAGCUAGUUCUUAGAAGUGCAAACUUGUUUGGUUGUUUUUAACCUGUGAGUAUUCAAGUGAACUCUUUCAAUUCACACAUUUAGAAAAGCUUUUAUGUCAUGUCAGCUCUGGUUUAUAGCUUACUGAGUUUUAAAAGACUUUUUUUUUUGGUUGUAUGCGGUAGUUUCACCAGGUUUAAGGGGUCGCAUGCAAAAAGCUUAGGUCAAAUGAAAAUGCUAGCUUUCAUAUAGAGACUUAUACCAAGGAGAAUUUGGCUACUUUUAUUACUUACAAUAAUAAAUUGCUUUAUUAAAGAGUGUGGGGUGAACCUUAUUAGAUUUUAUACAGGAUGUUUUCUGCAAGGAGUAAAAUGAAAAUAUACCAGGUCUAUGGAAAGACAAAUGGUAAUUUGAAUCCCAGUUCAUUCAUUGUACAGUUAGCUGGCUCAUCAACUGUUCAGUUGUAAAAUGAUCUUUAUGAAAAGGUUUGCUGCUCCAACCUUUAAAAAUGCUGCCUUUGGAGAGAAGAAUCAGGGGGAAGAAUAGGUGUUUUAUGUAUCGUUUUAAAAGACUGAGGAUGUUGAGCAAAAUGAGUUUGCUUCAUUCUCAUGAUAUUUUUAAAAAUUGAAAAGAUUACAGAGAAAGUGAAAAUUAGAGCUUGUUUGUAAAUUUUGCUAACAAGAUAGGCCCUAUUCGGGACUUCAGAAACAAAAAGAAAAAACUCAACUGGAUAUCAUCUCUACUUUCAAAAUACACCCAGUUAUAUGGAGAUUGUGUUUAUGCAAAACCCCAAGCCAAGGAACAUUUAAAGCUGUGCAACUCAGUUGUCCCAGUGCCACCUGCAUAUGCAUAAACCAUUUCUUACACCGUAGCGCACUGUCCAGAAAAGGUUGGUGUUGCCUGGUGGACACACUUCCUAAUUUUCUAGCAACUCUGUAGCCAAAAUGUGUAGUGAAAGCACACAUUAUGUUAUUUCCAUUUACUGAAAGGAAUAUUAAGAUAGGGUUAAUGAUUACUGGUGAUUUCAAAGAUCUGUUAUCAGCAUGAAACUGCCUGACCUCAUCUAAAGCGUGCUUGUAUAAGAAUUUUUAACGUAUGGAAAAAAUGUUUAAACAAAGGAAGGAGAUUAUUAUUCAUUUUGGGACAAGGAGUUGUUUUACAGUGGUACCUAUUAUGUUUCUGGCAGCUUCAGGCCAUACCAUUUGAAAUGAUUAAACUCAGUUAUGUUUCAUCUGCAACCCAGGCAAAACAGUGCUUGAUGUGACUAUAGAGUGUUUCUUUCAAAUUGUGCAAUUCAGCCGAGGAUUAAUAUCUGAGAAAUUGAAAGUAAACAAUAUUAUCUUUGCUUUAUUUAGUUAAGGAGCAGAGCUUAAAGAGCCUGCAGUUACUGAAUUUUGCCAAGGACCCUGAGGUUGUGGUUGGUAUUCCUGUGCCCCUUAUAAACUGAUAGCAGGAUUUGAUUUGCCUCUUGUGUUUACCUGACCUUCUUGGUCUUGAAAGUGGUCAACUUCUCAUUUUCAAGGACCCUAAUGUUCCCCAGAAAGAGUUUUUUUCCCCUCACACCAAGUAAUUGGAUGAAAAAUCUCUUCCCUUCUUCAACCUCCUGCAGCAGCCUCUUGUGCUUCAUCUCCAUACUCAUUAACUGUACUUGAUUUAGAGUUGCAAAAUAUGUUAUGCAUUUGUAAGCAAUAAUUGACUAGUUCACAUUACAUUCUAUGUGCUCCAUCCUAAAGUAAAAGAUUUUAUCAUGUUAAGUCUUCAUUUUCAAGGAAAUACCUUUCUUCUCAUACAUGUUGUUAGGUGUUUUAUAAAUUUGUGGUACCGUUUAUAAAUCUUAUUGAAAACAUGUUGCUCUUCUAGAUUACUGUCAAACCUUGUUAGUGUACUUUAAAGCUAUUUUUCUUUCCCUGUACUGUCUUUAAAUUCUUUUUAAAUGUUUUGAAAGUAGUGAUUAAACCUAUAUUUUGUGAUUGUU